AUGAAAUUAAUUAAAAAAUUAUUGGAAGAUGAAGAAGAUUCAUUCUUUAAAAAUAAAAUCGUUUUUAAAAAUUUUGUAAUUAAAAAAGUUUUUAAAAAGUAUUUACAAUUUAUAAAUGUAACCACAGGAAAUAAUGAAAAUAGUUCAGUUGAUCUUCAAUCAUUAUGUACUCAAUUAAUAAAUGAGUUUGGUCAUUUAGAAUUAUCAGUUCAAAAAGCUCAAACAAUCUCUGAAACUUGUACAGAUGAAACUUUAUAUUAUCAACAACUAAGUAAACAAAGAGAAAUUGAAAUAGAAAAUGAAAAAAAAGAAAUUGCAAUUUUAAAAGAAACAUUGGAUUAUGAAAAAAAACAGAGACAAUAUAAAGAACAAUACUUGGCAUUAUAUAAAGCCAUUAAUGAAAAACCCUCAACCGAACAAACUGAAAAAGAAAUUGAAAAAGCUCAAAAAGAGUUAAAUGAAAUAACCGAUCAAACAAAUAAAACUACCUCAAAAUUAGAAUUAAGAACCAAACAAUUUCAAUUACUUUUACAUACUUUAAAUGAAUUGGAAAAGAAUUUAGAUGAGUCAAUUCCUUUCAUUGAAAAUAGUAAUAAUAAUAAUAAUAAUAGUAAUAGUGAUCAAUCAAAUACACCUAUGGAAAGUUAA